AUGUCCCAAGCAGGUCAGUUCCCGGAGGCUUCGAUCCUGAACAAAUUCCUUCUUAAGGGGAAGAACAUCGUCAUCACUGGCGGCUCGCGCGGCUUAGGCUUCAACUUCGCCUACACGCUGGCCCAAGUUGGAGCCAACAUCGCGGUGAUCGACCUCAGCGAGCACCCAUCGGAGGACAUGGCCAAGCUGGAACCCUUUGGCGGCAAGUACAGAUACUACCAGGCCGACGUGGUAGACUACCAGCUGUUGAAAAACACGGUCGAUAGGAUACAUGCGGAUUUUGGGAGUAUUGAUGGAUGGCAAGGACCCCCCCUCUCCCUGCUCUGUUCUGCUCUGCUCCUGUGCAUACCGGCCGCGGGAAUCAUUCGCGACAAGCCGUUCCUGGAACACACGGAGAAGGAUUUCAGAGAUACCAUGGACGUUAAUGUAAACGGCGUCUUUUUCACCGUGCAACACUGCACGGCGAAAAUGGCGCAGCAAGGGACCGGCGGCACCGUCGUCUGCAUAGCCUCGACGGCAGGCCACAAGUCGCUGGCGCCGCAGGAAAUCGCAGCGUACACGGCGUCGAAAUACGCCGUCCGAGGCAUUGCGAAGCACGUCGCGCACGAGCUGGCGAAAUAUGGCAUCCGUGUCAACUCUAUCAGUCCAGGGACCGUGCAGACCGACAUGUUGGAAUCCGUGAUGCGCCAGAACCCCAGCAGGCGGAAACUCUUCCUCGAGAGCAACGCGCUGGGCCGGCUGGCAGCCCCGGAUGAGCUGUCGGGAAUGGUGCUAUACCUCAUGAGCGAGGCCAGCAGUUACACGACCGGGCAAGACUUUUUGGUCGACGGCGGGAUGGUCUGA